AUGGCGACUGCAAAACUCGAUGUUGACAAGUGCCGCGCGGCGUUUCCGGAAUCAAGAAUGGGCGCGGACUACUCGGUGUCUGUUACAUCUACCAAGCGCACCGAUGAAGGCUUCGCUUCUACAGCCAAACUGUUCAACGCUGCGUCUCCAGCCGAGAUCACGCUGGGCAACUCGUCGACUAAUAUGCCCGAGACAAUCGCCCGAGCCAUGGAGCCGAUCAUCAGGGACAAUGACGAAUUUAUUGUUUCUGAUGCGGACCACGAGGCCAACACCGGCUCGUGGGUCCGCCUCGCGCAGUGCAAGGGACUCAAAUUACACCACUGGGUACCCAAGCCCUCACCAGGAUCAAAAAACCCCUACGCCGUUUCCCUACGCAUCGAAGAUUUGGUUCCUCUCCUCAACCAGAACACGCGACUCGUUGCCUUUACCGCUUGCUCUAAUAUCCUCGGAGAGUUUGUCGACGUCGAGAGUGUAGUCAAGCUCAUUGAUGUCCAGAAAUGGGACGCGGAUUAUGUGUUUUUCUCAUAUUACAAGGUCUAUGGCCCUCACUCGGCGGCUCUGUACACUCGUGCCGACUCGCACAAGCAACUUCACUCGCUGGCACACUAUUUCUUGCCCACGAACGAAGGAUCGCCGUAUAAGCUUCAACCGGGCGGACCUGGUUACGAGCGCAGCUAUGCUGUCACAGCCGUACUAGAGUAUCUCUACUCGCUUUCACCAUCCGGGAACGACUUGUCUGCCGCAUUCGAUUCGAUCGCACGGCACGAAGCGGAUAUUAUGCGCCCCUUGAUCGAAUUCUUGUUGUCUCCUGAAGCAUACAAUCGCGGAGUCAGGAUUGUCGGGCCAGAGUCUGCUGAUCCUCAAGUCCGUGCGCCGACCAUAAGCUUUGUGGUCGUGGGUGACAAGCCAGUGAGGAGCCCUGACAUUGUCAAGAAGUUUGAUGAAUUAGGAGACGUGGGGAUUCGAUACGGUCAUUUCUAUGCACACCGGCUAUUCGUACGACUUGGACUUGACCCCGAUGAUGGGGUGGUUCGGAUUUCUCUCGUGCAUUAUAACACUGUUGCUGAGGCCGAGCGUCUUGUCAAGAGGCUCAAGGAGAUUCUCCUGUAA